AUGGCAAAGAAACAUUCAAGAGAAGAAACAAUAACAUCACCAAGUCCAAGUGGAAAUACAACUACAACAUCUACAACAAGUCCAACAUCAACAACACCAACAAAAGAAAAAAGAACAAAAAUUUCAAAUGGAAAUAAUAAAGAAAAAGAAACCAAUAGUAAUAAUAAUAUAAAUACAAGUAAUACAAAUAUUUUAAAUGGUAGUGUUAAUAGUUUAAAUAAUAGUAGUACAAAUUUAUUUACAACACAUCAAAAUAAUCCAGUAAAGAAUUUAAAAGGAUUUGAUGAUAUUGGUGAAGGUAUACUUAGAUUCGAAGGAUCAAAAGAAAUUGAUUUCAUUGGAUCAGUAAAGAGAGUUCAUUCAAUGAUGAAAGAUUAUUUAAAGAAAACUCCACAAUAUGAUUACGAAUUAUUAAGUCAAUUAUUCAAAUGUGAUUUACAAUUGAAAUUAGAGAAUCUUCAAUUGUUUGGUGAUAUUUAUGUUAGAAAUUGUUUUAGUAUCCUUUUAUCAAAUUAUUUUAAUCAAGCCAAAGAUUUAGGUAAAGAGUUUAGACAAAUUGGUGGUUUCGUUUUAGUGAUUAAUCCAAUGGAUAUUGAAAGUCAACCAAUGGUAACUGGUAGUAUUUUAACUGCUCUUCAUUUAAAAAUGAAAUGUAUUAUUUAUGUUGGUCCUGGUAAUUUACCAUUAUCACAAAUUACAAGAUUAUAUAUGUGUCAUGCUAGAGGUGCAAAAAUUAUAUUUCAUAAAGGUGAUGUAUCAUCAUGUUAUACAAGAGCAUGGCAACAUGCAAAAGAUAUGAGUAUGGUAUUUUUAGAUUGUAAAUUUAUACCACAUUUUAGUUUAUUGGGUGCAGCAACUAUUGCACAUGAAAUGAUGGAGGAUAGUCCAGAUAGGGAGACAAUUAUCAUACCAUUAAGAUUAUAUUCACAGGGUUGGAGUUAUGUCAGUGGUAUUUCAAUUUUCUAUAAGAUUAUGAAACCUGAAAUCAAGAUUAUAGUAGUUCAAAUGACUGAUGAUCUCUUUGGUAAAGAUAUUGAAGGUAAAGAAUUUAAUAGACAAUCAUUAUUCCCUGACCGUUUAGAGAUUGGUUGGUUAGCAUUAAUUCAUGAUCAAUCAGAUCUUACCAAUGUUUUCGACGCUUUCGAUUCAAGAAAUCAAGGUAAAUUCUCUGAUAAAGAUUUAGAGGCAUUAUUGAUAAGCAUUGGUGGUGAUCCAACUAGAAAUAAAUCAAUGUGUCCAAAAUCAUCACUUUCUCAAACUGAAUUUGUUCAUGAAGUAAUCACAGAGAUCACAAAUGGUUUAGAGCAAUUGGAGGAGAAAUUUAGCUACUUUUUACCACAAUUCAAAUUGGAUAACUUAAUCAAUCAUAAAAUCAUCGAUCAAUUAGUAACAGCAACCGAGGAUCAAGCUUCAAUCGCUUUCAUUAAAUGUUUAGAGUAUACCCAUACUCUCACCAAUGGUAAGGGUUCAAUUGCUUUGGGUGGUCUAAUGAGUGGUAAUAUUCAUUUAAGACCCGAUGAAAAAGUAUUGGUUAUGUUAUCAGGUGGUUAUGUCGAUGUAAUCGAUUUUCAAACUAUUUUAAACUAUGGUUUAGAUAUCACUGGUCAAAGCUUUGAAAUUGAAUUGGAUUUACCCGAUAAUACUACAUCACUAAAUAAAGUAUUAAAUGUUAUUGGUGAAAAUAAAGUAUCAGUUAUGGAGGUAUUAAUGGAUCGUUCUUGUGAAACUUUAAAACAAUAUCAUGUUAGAACUUCAAUUCAAUGUCAUUCAAGAAAUUUUGAACAACAAUUUAAAAUCUUUGAUGUUAUUAAAUCUUUAGGUUUUAAAUAUAGUUUAAGAAAAUCUGCAAUUCUAAAUAAAGAAGAAUCUGGUUUCCUCUCACCACCAAUGAUUAAGCCUUCAACAAAUUUAUCAAUUUCUCAAUCAAUUAAUAUUGGUAGUAGUGUAACGAGUUUACCAUCAUUUCCAAAUACUUUAAAUUCAAGUAGUUCAAAUGCAUUUAAUAGAUUUGGUAAUGGUAAUGGUAGUUCAUCAAAUACAACAUCACCAUCACCACCACCACAACUACCACCACAAUUACAAUAUAAAAUUUCACCAAAACCAUAUCAUCAACAAAAAAGAAAUAUUGGUGAUAUAACAGUUCAAUCAAUUAGAGAAGCACAUAAUAGAAUUAAACAUAUUAUGACUCAACCACCCAUUUAUCAUUCAACUACCUAUUCAAAGAUUUGUGGUUGCAAAGUUACAUUAAUGUUAGAGAAUACUCAAAAGACUGGUAGUUUUAAGAUUAGAGGUUCAUCGAAUAUGGUGUUAAGAGCAUUGGAAGGUGCAAUGGUAAACACUGAUGAAAGACCAGUUGGUUUAGUUGCUGCCUCUGCAGGCAAUCAUGCUCAAGGUGUAGCUUUAAUCUCUGCAAAAGUUGGUUUACCUUGUACAAUCGUUUGUCCAGAGUAUGCACCAGAUUCAAAAUUAUCAUCAACUCGUCAAUAUGGUGCCGAAGUCAUUAAAAAGGGUAAAAGUCUUGAAGAGGCUGUCAAAUUGGCCGAUGAAAUCUGUAAGGAAAGAAAUUGGACAUUGGUUAGACCUUACAAUGAUGUUGAUGUAAUCGAAGGUCAAGGUACAAUGGGUUGUGAUAUCUAUGAUAAAGUACCAGAUGUCGAUACUGUGGUUGUAAAUGUUGGUGGUGGUGGUAUGAUCGCUGGUAUCGCACUAUUCUUGAAACGUAUCAAUCCAAACAUUAGAAUCAUUGGUGUUCAAUCAGCAAACGUUUCACCAUUAUCAGAAUUUAAACAAACCAAUCAAUUCCGUUAUAUCGAACCAGCAGUUUUAUCAUUGGCCGAUGGUACAAAUGUAAAGAUGCCAGGUGGUGUACACACUCAAGUACUUCAUGAUAUGGUCGAUGAGUAUGUAACCGUUAGUGAAAAUGAAAUCGCUUCGACCAUAGUUCAUCUACUUUAUAAUAGUCGUACAGUUUCAGAGGGUGCAGGUUGUUUAGGUUUGGCUGCAUUAAUGCAUAAGAAAAUUAAAGUUAGAAAGGAUGAAAGGGUUUGUGUCAUCAUUUGUGGUGGUAAUAUCGAUAUGUCAACACUUCGUCAAGUCUAUGAAUAUGGUUUACGUUCACUUGGUCGUUCUUUCACAAUUCAUUUAACAACUUGGGAUUAUCCUGGGACCCUAAGUAAAAUCAUUGGUUUGGCUGCCCGUGCCGAAUUAAAAGUUCGUGAAAUUAGACAUAUCCGUGGUGGUGGUAAUAUCAAUUGGAAUGAAGUUAUCAUUUCCCUCUCCUUCUAUAGUAACUCUUUUAAUCAUCAAAACUUUUUCUUAUCUCUAUUGGCUCAAGAAGGUCUCUUCCCAAAGAUUGUCGGUAGAAAAUACAUUAAAGAUAAUGAAAUAGUCUAUAAAAUUUUCGAUAAAUCUGUUGAUAAAAAGAAUAAAGAAUUAAAAGAUACCUUUUCAGAAAGACAACAACUAUUUUUAGAACAAUAUGGAAAACAAGCCAAUGUUUCUUUGGAAAGUAAAAUGAAUUAA